CAAACACAUUUGGAAAAGCUCAGUUUCGGACAUGAACUACCAUUCCUCAGAGCCAGCCGUCGCAGGCCACUUGGUGGCGGUACCUUACCCCGGUCGAGGCCACAUCAACCCCGUUCUCAACACCUGCAAAUUACUGGUUUCAAAUUCCGACGACAUUCUCAUCACCGUCGUUCUCACCGAAGAAUGGCUGGACCUCCUCAGUUCCGAGCCCAAAACCGAUCGAAUUCAGUUCAUGUCGAUUCCAAACGUUGUCGCCUCGGAGAGAGUUAGAGGGGCCGAUAUCAGCGGCUUCGUGAAAGCUGUCUGGACGAAAAUGAAGGAUCCGUUCGAGAGGCUCCUUGACGGCCUUCAGCCGCCGGCUACUCUUAUUAUGGCUGACACUUUUCUCUUCUGGGCUGUUUCUAUCGCAAAUAGCAGGAAUAUUCCGGUGGUCUCCUUCUGGCCUAUGUCCGCCGCCAUGUUCUCGGAUGCUCAACACCAGCAUAUUCUGUUCCAGAAAAGCGGCCAUUCCCCUGUUAUCAUGUCAGGAAAAGAAGAUGCUCCUGCUAUAUUCAGCAGUGAACAACUGAAGAUUAUGUCUAAAUGCAACUUUUAAGUAAUCUUAACAAUGAGUGAUUGGACACAACCACAACCUUUUUCAAAUGGAUGCUUGUUUUACUUUCCUAGGAUCAAUACUUUUCACACCUUGGGUUUACAUUUUUCUUAUUUUCAAAAGGAAAAAGGAAUACUGAUUGAGGAAAAAUAUUUUAAAAUCAUAUUGUUUUAAUAAAGUAUCACAAAAAAA